AUGUUUGUAAGCGUGAGCCACAGCUCCAACCUAGCUAGUUUGCAAGCAGGCAAACACAUGGGCAAGGUCGUCAUGUCUGUGACACCAGACAUGAUGGUUCCGGUCAUCGCAAUGCCAAAACAGCUUUCAUUUCGUCCUGACUCCUCUUACAUGAUUAUGGGUGGUCUAGGAGGAAUUGGCCGUUCUCCCUGCAAAAAAUUUGUCGAGCAUGGUGCCAAGUCCCUUAUCAUCCUGUCGCGCAAUGCAGGUGGCACCAAAGGAAGUCAGCAGUUCUUGAACAAAUUAUACAGAGCUGGUUGCGCUGCCACUGUUGUUAGCUGUGACGUCUCAUACGAAAGUCAAGUCAAGGCUCUGAUGAAAAGUUACAAGGCAGAGCUACCACCCAUUCGUGGUGUUAUAUAUGCUGAUAUGGUCCUUGAGAUGCGGCAAUUCGCUCCAAGAUUCAGGGCAGCUGGAGCCUUCAUACAUCUUGCUGACCAUGAUCUGGAUUUCUUCAUCAUUCCCUCAUCUUUAGUAGGUGUCUCAGGAAGCGCCAGUCAGGCCAAUUACACUGCCAAAGGCACCUUCCAAGACGCUCUCGCGAAGCACAGAAGAGAGGAACACCUGACAGCAGUCUCCAUCGAUCUCGGCAUGGCUACUUCUGUCGGUGAUGUGGUACAAAACAAAGGUGUCGCAGAGAGACUCACAUGA